ACGUUGUAACAAACUGUUAAUAAAACUUCUGUAUCUAGAUACGAAUUAUAUUGACUACUAUGAUGAGAUACACACUUCUAGUAUUUCCUGGUAAUAUUUCUCAUGUUAUUGCAUUACUGAAAUUGUGAUGUCAUAAAAUGUAUAAAUACCUUAUUUAAAAUAUAACAUAUAAACAUACAUGUCAACACUGAGAGGUGCCAAAUCGGGAGACUUUUUUAUGGAGUAGCAUCCCGUGGUGGGGGGGGGGGGCAUGGGCCGCUAGAAAAUUUAGAAAAAAAAAGGUGCACUUUUAUUUAUUCAGGGGGUCUUCAGACAUUUACACUUAUAAGAUUGAAAUGAUGUUUUCUUUGUUUCAUCUGCUGAUAUUGUUAUACACUUUUAUUGUAAGAAUUGAAAAAUGAAAAAAUACAGAUAUCCUGAUUAGUGUUCUUUGUUAUAUUCGAAUGUUGCACUUUCAAUACCUGCUUGGUGGGCUUGUAUUUACUGGCUGAGGAAUACGAGUUAAAUUUACAGUUUAAAAGGGCACAUGCUCUGUCAUGCCCUAAAUCAGUCCUAUUCUCUGUUAUAAUUUUUCUCACCAUUGCAAAUCUCCUUUCACUCAAUGCAUUGGAAUGUCAUACAACAAGCUGACAUUAUAACAAUGUCACACAGUAAAUAUUUACUUUAUCCUGGUUGGCACUCUGUGAAGUUGAAUUUUGUGACUCUAUUCUCUUUGUUAAAUUAUCAAAAAAGUUGAUAUUGGGAGAUCCUGGUCAUGUGUCAGGAGAUUGUGAAACAGGACUCCACCUCGGGAAACUCCUGCCAAAAUCAGGAAAGUUGACAGGCCUACAUAAGACAAACCAAAACUAGAGAAAAUUUGGACUAAACCUUUCCUAGAUGACCGUGACCAAUGUUCCCUGGUGGGACAGCGAUCUAAAUCUAAGUAAAGAAGCACGUUCAGCUAGAGACCAGUGUUUCCAAGACACGAAACCAGAAACAAUACGUAACGCUGAAACUCUGUGUCGAGAAACUUUGUAUUCAGACUUAACUGAGUUAGAAUUUCUGGAAUCAAUUUGCAGUGAUAAUGGGACACUGACAAAAAUGAUGUGGAGGUGCGUGUAUGAUGAACUGGGUAAACAGUAUCCAGGUGUUGGAUCGAAAUCAAACAAACAAUCCUUAAGUUCGUUGGAGAUCGACAUGCUCUAUCUGCUCCGAAGUUACUUAGGAUAUGGGAGUUUUUUUCGUAGAUUUCAGCCACGCAGGCGUUAUCGAAAUACACCUAACAGAUCAGCGAUGGAGAUGGUCGACAUAAACCAAACGAAUUUUCAAGCGUUAUACCGUAAAUAUCACAAAGAACCGCCUUCUGAAAAAUCAUCAUUUUCAAGUACACAUCGAAAUUAUCCUUUCAAUUUCAGUAAUGUUGAACCCAAACAAACAAAUUUUACUGGAAGUUUGUUUCCUAUAUCUGAAAACAGAAAGUUAACACGAAGGUCGUAUAAUCACCCUUCUGGAUUGGAUUAUGGUUAUACAACAAAGACGUCGGUUAACUAUGAUGGACAAGGUGAUGGUUAUCGUCGUUAUGGAUCCGCAAGCUCAAGUUCGGGUGACCAGCAGCAGUCUAGCGACAGAUAUCGUCUUUACGGGUCAGAGGACUCGAAUUCUGGAGAUAGACAAUCCAGCAGUAAACAUGAAAAUUAUGGAACUGGAAUUUCAGGUCAUUCGAAUCAACAAACAAGCAACAGUUAUCUUCCUAACAGGUCAGGAAAUUCGGGAAGUUACAACUACGGUUCUUAUGGAACCGACAGCUUAGGCCAGGGAGGUCAACAUUCAAUUGAAGGUUAUGGUUCAGGAAGCUUAACUGAUGGGCAAGUUUCAAGCCAAAGUCACGGUUCUCUUGGAUCAGGGAACUCAGGUCAUAGAGGUCAAGAUUUAUACGAUCGUUUCAAAUCUCAUGGGUCAAGUAGCUCCAGCUUUGGAGACCGAUAUUCGAUCGAUAAUCAUGAAAAAUACGGAUCUGGAGAUUCACUUCUUGAGGCUCAGAAUAACCAGGACUCAUCUGCAGUAUCGGGAGCUGGAUCAUUUCAUUACGGAGCAAAUAGACCGUAUGGAUCUGGAGAGAAAUCUGACUUCCAAGCUUCUGCAAACACUUACAGUGAAGGAAGCUCGUAUCCUGCUUCAGGUAGCAUUAGCGGUAGCCAUUUCGGUACGAGAAAGCAGCAAAACAGACUGUUGAAUUUUCCAAGAGGUGCUUUCGGAACUGGUAGUUUUUCUAACUCGUGGUAUAACUCAUUCAGAGGCAGACCUGGAUUUAAUAGAUUUAACAAUGCCAAUGGUUAUUUACCACAGGGUUCUGGAGGACAUGGUGGAGGUGGUAAUUACAGAGUUGACCGUCCAGGUGUCUCUCCAGACGUAGAAUCAAACAAAUUCAACUUGCCAGAAGCUCUUUACCAAUGUUUACGAAAUAUUUUUCAACGCUAGGGAGCGUUCAGGAACACUGUGGACGCCUACUGAUGCUCAGCGAUGGAAGUUAAAUACGAUUACUGGUUGAGCGUUAUCCAUUUUUCAAUAUUAGCAGAACAAUUAAGUUACGUAGAUCACAUUCCAAUUGAUAUUAAACACGGUUUGUAAAUAAAGAACCGCCCAAAAAUGGUCUGGUGUUUCUGACGUACAAACUUCACCACAUUCAGAAACUUCCUAUUUUGGUCUCUCAAAAUAUGGGCAUUUAAAUUACCAUU